AUGUCAAAGCAAACUGAAUUGAAAGAAACCAAAGAGUUUGUUUCUGCAACCUCUUCAAUCUCUGAAGAAGUACAACAAUUAUACUCGGAGUCAUGCUCACCAAACCCAUUUCUUGACCCACAUGUUGCUGAAUAUUAUAAAAAUUUUUAUAACGAGGUGAAUUACGAAUGCCGUGAAGCAUUUGACCCCAGUUUCCAAUGGACAAGAGAAGAGGAGAAGCAAGUUGUUUGCAAGUUAAACUGGAGAGUAGCAUUUGCAGCAUGUCUUAUGUUUGUCGCUUUGCAAAUUGAUAGAGGUAAUAUUCAACAAGCUGUUUCGGAUAAUUUCUUACAGGACUUGAGGCUCACAACAAAUGAUUUCAAUACGGGGAAUACAAUUUUUUACGUGUCUUUCUUGGUUGCAGAAGUGCCAUCGCAAAUGUUAUCAAAGGCAUUGGGGCCAGACAUCUUCAUUCCAAUCCAAAUAUGUGCAUGGAGUAUUGUUGCUUUGUCACAAGUUGCUCUUCAAAAUAAAACUGGCUUUUACAUAACUAGAGCAUUGAUUGGUGCCAUAGAAGGCGGAUUUAUUGCCGAUUUGGUCUUGUGGCUAAGCUACUUUUUCACUAGCAAAGAGUUACCAAUUAGGUUAUCGUGGUUCUGGACAACAAUGACCUUGACCCAGGUGUUGGCUGCAUUGGCAGCAUUUGGCAUUUUGAGAUUACGCGGAGUAUUUGGAUGGCCCGGCUGGAGGCACUUGUUUUUGUGGGAGGGUCUAUUUACAUUAGGCAUUGGAUUGCUCUCGUUUUAUAUGAUGGUUCCAUCAGCUGUUCAAACCAAAAACUGGAUGCAUCCAAAGGGGUGGUUCACUGAGCGCGAGGAGAAGAUCGUUGUUAAUCGAGUGUUGAGAGAUGACCCCACAAAAGGUUCAAUGCAUAAUCGUCAAGCAAUGACAUUGAAGGAGAUUUGGAAGUGCUUGAUUGAUUACGACAUGUGGCCACUUUAUGCAAUUGGUUUGGUUGCUUAUAUUGGAUAUUUUACAUUUGGCUCCUAUUUUGUCUUGUUAACACGCCAAUUGGGAUUUGGAACAUUAGAAACUAACCUAUUGACCAUCCCGCAAGCGGUAUUGGCUAUCGUAAUGUUGCUUUUCAUAACCUGGUUCUCAGAAAAGCUCAACAAUCGCGCAUUGGUUUCAAUAUUUGCGCCAGUUUAUGGAGUCAUUCUUCUUGGAGUCAUUAGAUUCUGGCCUGGUUCAGGCGUGCAAGCUUGGCCGAGUUAUGUGUUGAAUACACUUUAUAGUGGUCAUCCCUUUAUUCAUGCCAUUUUAGUGUCUUGGGUCUCGAGAAAUUCAAAUUCAGUGAGAACUAGAUCCAUUUGCUCAGCAUUAUACAAUAUGUUUGUUCAGGCAGAUGCAAUAAUUGCAAUGAACAUCUUCAGAGCCGAUGAUUAUCCAUUGUACAAGAGAGGUCUUUUACAAUUAUGGAUCCUUACCUUGCUGGUGAUUCCGCUUUUGUUGUUAACGAAAUGGUACUACAUCUGGAGAAAUCAAACCAGGGAACGAAUUUGGGGCACAAUGAGUGAAGACGAAAAGGACCAAUACAGAAAAACAACUAAAGACGAAGGAAACAAGAGACUCGAUUUUAGGUUCGACCAUUAA